AUCAUCGACCCUUUGUACCAUACCGAUUUUCUUCCUCCGGGUCAUUUCAACCAAGCGAUUGCUGCGGGAGCUCAGCCAUUGUACUAGCUGGCCCAGCGGGACCCUGUCCAUAGCAUCGUAUUCAGCGGGAUUCCUAUACCUCAGUAUACACCCCUUCGGUCUGCCCACCCACGGGAGCACAUCGACCAACAUCCUCGCUUUGUGUUUCGAGGGCCGACGGAAAAUCUCCGACACCUUCCAUGGAGACAGUCAACAUGGCCGACGCACAAUCGUUCUGGGACACCACUGCGGAUUACAACAGGAAGAGGGGCAGAGAUGAAGACCAAGACAUGAUGGGCAAUGGGCCCUGCAGCUUCAGCGAGCACCGCAAUAAACGACUUCAACAGAGCCUCCCGAUGCGUAUGUCGCCAAAAUCCGGCUCACAGUUCCUGCCGGCCAGUUCUGUGACGCCGCUCAACGCCGCGCCAGCUCAGCUUCGACACUCCCAUCUCGAAGCUUCCUCGUACUUGCAAGCACCGGGGCCAUCUACGACUGAUUCCGACAUGGACAUGGCGACUGACAGCCUCUGUUCGCACCAUGGCUCGAAUCACCUCGCCCCAGAGGCCGACAAUUCCACGGCCACCCAGCGCAUGCCCACCCCGGUCCAGCCCAGUUUUGCUGCGCAAGUCCGUGGCCAGCAGCACCACUGGAACAACAAUAACAUGGAGGAUAUGCACAGUGUUCCGAGGACAUUGGACACCCAGACCGACUGGCAAUCUUUGCAGAACAACAGGCGAUUGCCCUCGCCCAUCUCGGAAUACGAAGACGGCAUGAACGUCUCGCUGCAGCCCCCUUCGCCUCACGGCAUGGAGCACCCCAAUGCUACAAUGGGACUCGAGGGUCGCGCCUCCUCGCAUCCUCCCGAGGGCGAGUCCCCGUCUCCUGAGCGUCGAGGCCACAUGCGAAGCAAGCACACCAUCAACACGUGGACCUGGCAGCCUGGCAUGAAAAAGAGCUUUAGUGUCGGGUACCGCCAAGAUUGCGAGAAGUGCCGUCUCAAGGUCCCAGGGCACUUCAAUCACAUCAUCAUCUCAUAGAAUGGCAUUGAGCAGAUUGCCCAACCGAGGCGCAGGCCCGAAUCGAGGGAUGUUUGCAUGGGUUAGGAUUGGUUCAAGGGUCAACAUUGUAUAGGCGCUUUGGGAGUCUUUUUUUGUUUGUUUUGUUUUCACGGUAUACCUACAUCGUCAAAGCGGAGAGAGAAGGACGCGACACACACCGACAUUCGCUGCCAG